UCGCUGGCACUGCAUAUAACUCAUGGUAUUAUGUGUCUGGAUAGUCUUCACGACAUGACAGACAGACGUCAUUUCACCCCACGCACACGAGACGGCUUACAUCUGCCACAACGGACCGAUUAAUUGCACAGCUGGGCACACACUUAUAAAGACACCAACACAGACGGCUCUCGAGAUCUGAGCACAAUGCCGUCUGUUCCAUGAGCCUGUCGCUAUAUCGGUCAGUUAGUCCCAGUCCUCAUCUGGCCGCUCAACGAUCACGCUCUUGGCCUUCCGCGGAGCACCGAGCUGACACACAUGUAGAGAGAGAGACAGAAAGACAGACAGAACCCACACCGUUCAACGUGUGUCUUGUGGUCCCUCCGCUCCUUUCGCACCUCGUGUCGGACGAUUCUCUCUGUGGCUUCACGAUCCACCACGAGCCGGUACUGAUGCUCAUCCUGCAGCCGUCCCACACACAGACAGACAGCAACAACAAAAACUACCUGUUUCUUCUACUUCUUAUAGCUAUGGCUGACCACUUGUUCGUCGUCGACGUCGUCCACUAGGUGGGCGUCGGCCCCCUCAAAGCCGCCCAGAUCAGUCAGCUCGGCGCCAGCCAUCGCCUCCUCGGCCUCUGUCUCAGCGCGCAUCUGCUUGUGCAGCUCUGCCAUCCCUGCAACCACAGUACAUCCAUCCAUCCCAUGAAUCCAUGUCCCCUGCAGUGUGUGUUGUGGGUGUUGUGGGUGUUGUGGGUGUUGACGUACGCUCUUUGUCGUUUUUGAGUAGUUCCUUGUAGGUGUGUUGGUAGGGCGGUACGGGCACGAGGACGAAGUCGAUGGGCACGGUGGAGGUGGGCAAGAUGUAUACGGGGAUCUUGGAAAACAUCUGAUGGAUGGAUGGAUGGAUGGAUGGAUGCCGUCGUGUGUGUGAUGCGAUCUGUCUGAUAUCUCUGGCUGGCUGACCUACCCUACCUUGAUGAUUUGGGUGAAUUCCUUCUGUUCUGUUGUUUCCUCUCCUCCAUCCGCUGCUGCUGCAGCUGCUGGUGGUGGUGACGGUGGCCGUGCACCAAGAGCCAGCUCGGGCAGCUCCCACUCAGCCUCAACCUACACACACACACACGCCCCAGAGUGUGUUUGCCCAUGCAUACAGCCCACGCAGCGCCCCACCCUGUGUUUGUUGAUGAGCUUGUACUUCUUGGGGAACACCGGCACGUUCUGCAAAGAGUGAGUACCCCACCCCAUCCCAUACCCACCACAACAGGCACAGCACAUGGCGCAAUGGGGUGGAUGAAAUGGAUGGCCUCUCUGACCUUGAAUUUCUCGUAUAUGUUUGAGGCCUGCAUGGACGCCUCGGUCGAGGUGUCGUAGCACAGUCGCUGACCCACACACAUGACAUGACAGAUGACAGACGACACAUGACACAUGUGUGGUGCAGACAGACGUGAGCCACCCUGGUCAAUUGGCUGGUUGAUAUGUACCUUUUCCUUGCCGAGCUGUGGCACGUAGCACACGACCGACUUGUCCUGGAUCAGCAUCACUGUGGCUGAGAGGACAGGACAACACGCACACACACACAGGCGAGUGAAUAAAGGCAUACGAGUGAGUGGAUGGAGCAUCGUGUGCGAUGCGCACCGAGUGAGGUGCAUGGCACAUCCAGCCCCCGCAGCCAUAUGCAGAAGAAAGCCUGCAGACAGACAGACAGAGGUCAAUCGAAUCGAUGCAGAAGACAGAGCACAGGAAGGAUCGAUCCACGUUGUCUGGAUUACUGUUACUUGGGUGUACCCUACCCUGUCGCAGUCUUCCUGCGCCUUCUUGGACUGCAGCUUCUUCUCAUUGCACAAAUCACACUGCUUCUGCAACUCAUUCUGAAUGAAUGACCAACCCACACACGAAGGACCAUCCAUCCAUUCAUCCAUCCACCAGACGGACAAACAAACAAGGACCCUUUUAUCCCACCCCACACCACCAACCUGAUCGAAGUCCAGCCCCGCCGCCACAGGGUCCACUCCCGGCGCCAGGCUCGUCGAGAACUUGACCGUGUACGCCGCUCCCUUCUUGUCACCACCAGCCAGGGCGGGGAUACUCGCCGCCUUGGCUGCCUCGUUGGCUUCAUUCCCCUCCUCCGUCUUGGUCUUCUUGGUGUCGCUGAGUGUGGCCAGGCCGGCCUCCACUGCCAGGGUGGCCGUGAGGAGCCGGUGGACCAUCACGUCGGCAUAGCGCCUGUAGGGGGGGAGGGAAGGGGGGGAAAAAUGGGGGUGGUGGUGUGGUGCGUUGUGUCGUCGGCGGUACCGACCGAAUUGGUGAGGUAAAGUGUGUGUAGAGGGGGAAGUGGAGGGCAUAGUGGUGGGGGGACUUGCCCGUGCCUGAUGUGAUUGAUGUGUGUGGCCAGCCACAUCGAUAUAUUAGCAUCAUGUGAUUGAUGCAUCUCCUCUCCUCCCUUGUUUGUGCCUGCCUGCCUGCCUGUCUGUUGUGUGUGUGCGUGCAGCUCACCGUAAGUGAAGUACUCGGCGGGCUUCAUCGGCUUCAUCAGCAGCACCUCCACCGCCUGAUGACCGACCGAUCGGACACACACAUACACAUGAGCAGCGCAAGGCGCGCGCGCCUCACAUCAGUCUGUCAGCAGCAGCCCUACCGACUAACUGACCUGUGAGACGAAGUAUCCGAACUUGAGCCAGACUUUCUUGAUGGUCCUGUACACGCCCCCCGCACUGCCGAAGUCAGCUGUGAUGCCCAAGCCGCUGACAUGACACAGACGCCACACACAUACGUCCCCACACGGUGCGGUGUGUAUAUACAUAUUAUUUCUCCCUCCCCGCCUGUGUGUGCGUGUGUGUGGUCGUGUCAUCCAUCACAGGUGCCGGCUCACUUACUCUAGGAAGGCCUUCAGCUGCAGCAGCUGUCUCGAGAGAGGCCACGGGUGCCGCCGCAACACACCGCACUCUGACAGACAGAGAGUGAGACAGAGAGACAGAAAGGAUUGUGUUGGUGUGGCUUGCCGCCCGCCCAUCCACCCGCCGGCAUACCUACCUCUGAGAGGGCUUUCGACCAGUUUCUCGGCCACGACGGUGUUGGCCAGCAGCAUCAGCUCCUCAAUCAGCUCGUGAGAUGACGAAUGCUGCACUCAACGGAUGCAGCCAGGCAGGCAGAGAGACAGGCCACAGAGGGGAGGGAGACCGUGUGUGUGCCAUGUAUGUGCUUUAUGUGUAUGUGUUGACUGGCUGGGCUGGGCGGGUGGCUUACGCUUUCCACGUCGUAGCUGGUGGGCACUUUGGUGUCGUAGUCGACGGUGAAGCGGAUCUUGGUCUUGUUGAGGGCCAGGGAGCCAUCCUGACAAGAUAGAUCCAUGACACACACACACACACACACAUACAGCCAUACAUCCCAACCAUAUAAGGUGCCUUGGUUUGACGUGGCCUACCUUGAACCGUCUCUUGCGAAUCUUCUGUGUGAGGUCCUCCAGCACACGCAGGUCGACACAGCACGCCUCGAAGGAGUGGCCUGCAUUGCAUGCCAAUUAAAUGAUUGGUUCCAUCCACAUUUAUGAGGUGUGUGUGCCCUCUGACCAACCGUUGUACACUUCAGGUUUCGGCUCCAGUUCGUUGCCGUCGAGGAUGACCUGCACCUGGUCGUAGUUCCAGCGGCAGCAGCUGCGGAUCACCUGCAGUGCAUUGCACCACAUUGGUCGGACAGGAUAGAUAGCUACGAGACGGUGGUGGGUUAAUCCAUCCCUCCACACCAUACGUGGGUGGCAUGGUGGUAGUUAUGUUACCGAUUUGAAGAAUUUGGGCUUGAACGACUCCACCCUUGUGCCGUCCUCGUGCAGCCUGAAGAUGGCCGUGUACGUCAGCUUCUCCUCUCGGGGGUUCAAACUGACCAAAUGCAAUCAACGCACAGACACACAUACACACCGGUGGGCGUUGGGUUGGGUGAUGGUUUCAAGCCCAGCCAGAGCACAGACCAGACCUGCAGAGGUCACUGCAGAGCUCCCGCGGCAGCAUGUGGUAUGCCCGGUGCGUCAGAUAGCUGCAAUGCACACACAACCACCAUCCCUGUGUGUGGUGUGUGUGUGCUAGGUGGUCACUGACACAGUGGUGCAUCUCCAGGCGGCCUCGGAGUCGAUCUUGUGUCCCUUCCACACAAAGUGGCUGACGUCGGCGAUGUGCACCCCGAUCUCGAACUGAGGUGGGCUGGUCGAAUCUACACACACAAUGUAAUGUGCACAUUGCAUCGGACACACACAUACGUGUAAAUGCGUGUGGCAUUUGUCUGUCUGUCUCGCCCUCCUCUCUCUGUCUUCACCGACCGUCUCUGACGAUGUGUAUGGCGUCGUCGAGGUCGCGGGCGGUCGCUGGGUCGAUCGUCAUGAUGCGCGCCUCUGCAUACAAACACACACCGACAGACACGCAUGGCCUGGCCGUGUGUAGGGGUGUGUGCGCAGUGGACUGUGUCGCCCGGCCCGCUGGGUCACGUCACUGACCUCUGAGAUCGACACGCCGAUUGACUUCCGCCUCUGCGCGCAGGCCAUCCAUAGGGAGAUUUAUGCACUGCACCAUCCCUCUCUCUGUGUGUGCCCCACCCACCGCACCGUGUGUGGCUUUGGCCCACUCCAGCACCCGUUUCGUCUCCUCGGCAACCUCGUCGCUGAACUCGUCCAUGUGGUCCUCGAGCUCGGCCUCCAUCAUGCACAACUGACACACCACAAUAGACACACACACACACACACAACGACACCGUCGCUGCGUCUGUCCCGUGAAGCGUAGCGUACCCGUGCUUCGGUCUCGAUUUCGCCGGCGUUGCCAAUGGGUCCGCCGACGAUUCGCCCCUUUGGUAAAGGGGCGUUUUCCUCCCACUUGUCGAUUUGCACGGGCCAGAGGAGGGUGCCGACGAUCUUGCCGGGGACCUGCAGCCACUGGCGGACCUCCGGCGCCUGCUGGAUCUCCUUGAUCGGCAGCAGCAUCCAGGGAACCCUCUUGUCUGGUGGGUGGACCACGUGGAGUGGAAGAGAUAGACACGUACGAAUGGAUGUGAUGUGAUGUGAUGUGAUUGAUGUGCACAGGUCUGUCUGUCUGUGUUUGUGUGUCUGCUUGUGAGAGUGUUGCCUCUUGGCUCUGUGGCCUGGCCUGCCUACCCAUGGGGACGGCCUUGAUCAUCUUGUCGUCCAAAGUGAUCUCAUCGUCGGGCGGCGACGGUUCAGCCGAGUCCUGGAUGAAGAAUGCAUACCAACAUCAAUUCGUUGUCCAUGCACAGACAGAGACGGCCGGGCCCAGUACGUAGGCCCCACCCACCGUCCCACCGGCUCACUCACCCCUUGUUUCUUCAUGCGGUUGGCCUUUAGUGUCGCCACGUAUACACGAUUCGUGCCUGUAACACCGGAGAGACCAACAGGCAUCGUGACACGCAUCCCUCUCCGGCCAUCUCAUCUCGUUGUCUUCUCUCUCACCGGACAAGUCCUCAAUGUAGACGACCUUGCCCGUCGGAUGCAGCUCCCCGCCCGAGUCAUUCUCAUCAGCCGCACUCGAGGGCUCCCGUGAGGGCACUUGUGGGGAGGGCACGUCCACUCCCGCCUGAGCGGCGCUGGCGAGGGUCUCCUCGACCGUUUUGUACUUGUCGCUCACACGCACCCACUUGGACCGAUCGUACAGCUGAUGAUGACAUGGCACAGACAGGUGAAGCCAAGCAGCGAUACAGACAGACAGAGAGAAUGAGAUGAGUGGAUGGGGCUUAGGCUAGGCGCGGAGGCUGGUCUGGUGUGGUGUCUUCACCUACCUCGAUGUACACGAUGUCGCCAUUCACCGCCCGGUUGCGGUCGCUGCGGCCUGAGAGAAGAGAACCAGGGAGGAAGGGAGGGAUGGAUGGAAGAAAGAAAGAUGCAUAUGGCCGGCCCAUGAGAGGGGGAUGUCUAGGUUUAGAUGCCUGCCUGCCUACUGACUGACCUUUGAUGAAGAUGUCUGGCAGGUCGGGGUCCUCGUCCGCAUGGACGUACGCAUCAUCGCUCUUGCCAGCAUUCACGCGCAACGCACCCUGAAAGCAUCCCAUCCAUCCCACACCACCACACACACUAUGAAUGCACCACCGAUCCCAUCCCAGGAAUUUCGUCCUCGUUUCCGCCUGACCCUCUUGAGUUUGCCCGCGAGCAGCGCCGCUAGAGCGUCCUCCUGACUCCAGUAAGGCUCAUACGGGUUCUUCCUCCCGCAGCCCUGCUGCUGCCUCCUUUCAUCCCCAUGACUUCCCUGACCCCUCCCCUGACCGAAUCCCCUCCCCCGGCCGCCUCGGCCGCUCCCAUAGUCGUCCCACGCUGCUUGAUACUGCUCGAAUGACGGCUGGUUGAAGGCCUGCUGCUGCUGGAUGUGUGGGUAGCCUGGGUAGUUGCGCGGCGGGGAGGCGUUGGGCGCUAUGCCGCGGCCUCUCGAGUAGGGCUGAGGAGUCCCGGGGCGACGCGGGCCUCCGUGAGGCGGGUACAUGGAUUGUCGCUGGAAAUAUCGAUACUCCCAGGCAAGAUGCACCUGACGCUGGACUCAGAUCUGCCAGGAAUAUCAACGCCACAGAAAGAUCGGCAUGCGAGCUAAGCUCGCAGAUGAAAAGCCAAAGCCUUGUUCACUACCUCCUGAACGAUCGCGCUGCAACCCCCCCUCGCAUUUCACACCGCACUCCCUCCAACCAACGCUCAGAGAAGUAAGGCCUACCUACCAACCUUUCCCUCUCUCCCGGUGUUGAAGUGCUAUCGCGUUCUCCUCUGAUCCUCUCCGCGCUAAGCUCAUUGUUGAGGAGG